UGUGUGUGUGUGUACUUGUACAACUGUCCUUGUGUGAUUGUUCAUUUGUAUUUGUGGGCGUGUGUAAGUUGUAUGUUUAUGUGUACGCGGGUGUCCGUGAUUGCAGAUUAUAUAUAUAUAGAUAGAUAUAUAAAUGUGUGUGUGUGUGUGUGUGUGUGUGUUUUAAAUAUUUACACGUGUGCGUGCGCAUGAGUCUCUGUGUGAGUAUUUAUUUAUCAUAUUUAAGAGAUAAAAUAUAUCGCCGCUUUUACCUGAAGUAAUUUACUUCGUUGACAGCAGAGAACUCAUACAAUAAUGGAAGGACUUACUAGAGCGGAUGGAAGAGAUAAGGAUUGCUUUCCAAUAGGAAAUAUGCGAACUCAUAAUGAACUACGAGUAACUCUUCUGCCUGAAAGCAAAAUGGCAAAUGAAAGCGAUGAAGUUUUAUCAUUUUACAAACACGAGGGAAAGGAAAGAAAACGAAGAACGAAUGGAGACUAUCGCAACGAUUCUGAUACUCAGUGUGGAAUUGGAAAGUUUCAUCCUGCUUGUAUACAACCUCUCAACAAUAUGUGUUCAUUUAUAUUCUUCUCUGUGGGUUCAAUUCUCACCUCAUCAACACUCAGCCCAUAUCUAGUAUCCCAGGUGACAACCUUAGAACGCCAGUUCAAUUUCUCCAGCGCAAGCAGCGGCUUUAUUUUGGCAUGCAAUGACAUAGGAUUUUCUUUGGUAGUGUUAUUUAUAAGUCAUCUUUUUCGUAACGGACAUGUGCCAAGAAUUCUCGCUGUCAGUACUUUUAUUUUCGGGAUAGGGGGUUUAAUAUGUGCAUUACCGUUUUACCUUGAUACUCCUAAGGAAACCAUAAAUGGGCAGAAUGUAUCCGACUGGUUGACAUCCUCUUAUGCAGAUCCCAAAAAUAUAACUGAUGAAGAUUAUAUGUGCAAACAACAGGAAAAGAUUAUGUUGACAAAGAAUCAAAACAACACACGUUCGAACGUUUGGGCCUUAACUCUGAUUGCCAUUGGAAUGGUAUUACAAGGAGUGGCCAAAUCUGUUCGGAGGCCAAUGACAACUUCUUAUAUAGACAAUAAUGUCAAGAAAACACAGACUGGGAAAUAUAUCGGUAUUAUCACAGCUAUUGGAAUUUUUGGCCCAGUAGUUGGUUUCGUAGUCGGAACUAUGUGCACAAAAACCUACUAUAAUUUGAAAGAGACGAAUUUAUCGCCAGAAGAUCCAAGAUGGAUUGGGGCAUGGUGGCUCGGAUAUGUUAUCUUUGGAAUUGCUGCAUUGGUAUCUACAAUUCCACUGAUAUUCUUCCCCAGAAGUCAAAGAAAGAAACCAAGCAGCGAAGACGCAAUUGAAAUGAAUGAAGGCAGACCAGAGACCUGGACGACAACAAAGAAUAAGAAAAGUGAAGGAAAUCAGGCUAUGAAAGAAAUUAAAAAAUUCUUCUCAUCACUUCGGCGUAUUUUCCAAAAUGUUUGCUGUUUUUUGCUUUUGAUUGGUGGAGGUGUGGACAUGAUGGUUAGUGCAGGAUUAUUUUCUUUUAUGGCUAAAUAUAUGGAAACACAAUAUUUAUUCCCAGCAUGGAAAUCUAAUGCAAUUUUAGGAACCACGACACUAGUUGCUUUAUCGAUCGGGACAUUAUCUGGUGGUAUGAUUACAUCAAAGGCAAAACUGAAAGCUCGUGGUUGUCUGACAUUUAUCUGCUUGUGUUUUGCACUGGUAGCAAUAUUCCAUGCUUCACUUUUGAUGGUUGGUUGUAAAUUCCCUGCAAUGGUUGGACCUGAAAUAAUUCCAUCCAGAAUCACUUAUAUAAAUGGAACUAUCGUGCCAAACUGUAAGCAGUCAUGUUCAUGCGAUGAUUCAAAAUAUCUACCCGUUUGCAGUGAAGAUGGUACGAACUACUACUCACCGUGUUAUGCUGGAUGUAAAUCAAAGAAUGGAACGAGGUAUACUGACUGCAGCUGUCUGGUUGCUGGUUCUACAGUUGAGUCCGGGUACUGUAAAAAUGAUUGCAAUCACAAGAUCAUUUAUUUUUCGGCUUUGCUUACCCUCUCAGCUUUGUUUGGAACCAUGAAAAUUGUGCCCUUUUCUAUAGCUUUUAUAAGAAUGGUGGAAGCAAAAGAUAAAAGCUUGGUUAUAGGAGUGACAUCAUUUCUGAAUUCUUUAUUGGGUUGGACAUUUGGCCCCAUUGUGUUCGGAAAAUUGAUUGAUACUACGUGCUUAAUUUGGUCUUCAACGGUAGACUCAAAACAAGGCUCAUGCGUGUUUUACGACACACGUCGAAUGAAAAUCCUGAACUUUUCAGUUAGCGUGGGUGUUAGCUUUCUCUGUGGCGUCAUAAUAACAAUUGCUUUAUUUAUUUUCAUUAAAAAAGAAAACUCAAAGAAAUACCAAGCAGUAAAGACUGUAUACCAUCAGGAUAGUAUUCAUCAAUGAAAAUUAAAUACUUAUGAAUAACUGAAAAUCCUGAUAAAUAUGUAUAUUUAAAUAUGUUUGUGUGUGUGAGAGAGAGAGAGAGAAAGGGAGAAUGAUUAUAUGCGUGUGCAAAAUAUAAUACUACUCAUAUGAAUGAGUGUAUGAGCGAGUAUCCAAAAUGAUCCUCGAGAAUAUCGACAUAAACAAAAAAAAAGUAAUAGUUGGUUUAACGUUCAAUGCAAGAUAAGAAAACAGAGGUGUAUUUCAUAUUUCGAGCUGAUGUACUUCGUCAGAAAGAUAUUUAGAAGAAGGAAGUUGUGAGAGGGGGAAAAAAAAGAAGAGGUAGAUGAUUCAGAAACAUAUGGUGUCUCUGUGUGAAGUCAUAUUGUAACUGGUGGAGACCGAAGCAGAAGAAGUGACAAAGAGCGAAUGAAAUUUCAUGCUUAGAAGAGCAACAGGAGAGGUUACAGUGCAAAAAUGAAGAUGUGUUUAUAUAUUUGUAUAGUUUUAGAGUAUGUAAAUCCCAAAUACAUGUGUGUACGUAUGUUUCAUUUUAUUAAUUAUUCACGUUUUAUUGUCAAUGUAAUUACUAUAAUGUAUGUAUGUGUGUGUGCGGACGCGUGUGUGUAUGUAUAUAUAUAAUCACACAUAUAUACAUUUAUAUGUAAUGUAUUUUUGUUGUCAUUGUGGCUGGUGCUGAGAGUACUAGAUGACCAAUGUAUGAAUAUAAAUGCAUACGUACGAAAAUACAUACAUACUCUCCUCUUACAACAAAACAAUAUCCCACAAUGCAUUUGCAGUACCAGUGCUGAUCCCUUCAUUUGGGAUACGUGAUUGGUCUGUAGAGGAAAUCCACUCCAUAGAUAUCAAAACCCGUAAAAUCCUGACAACUGGGAACUUCCACAGAAACAAUGAUGUUGACAGGUUCUACCUAAGAAGAAAUGAAGGUAGUAGAGGCCUGAGAUCAGUGCAGAGGGCUUUCGAAUGCCAUAUGGUAUCACUCAGGCAACUGCAAUUUUUUCAAGUUUUCAUGUUGUCUUGUCCUGUACUUUCCGGGUUCAAUUAAUGAAGAAUAAUAUCACUCCUAUAAAUGAAUUUCCUUUGCUAAUCCAUCUUUUGCAAGCAAAAGUUUUUACAGGCAAAAAGUUAAUUUUAUAAAUUCUCCGUGAGGAAACCGAAAUGAAGACGAAAAUGCUAACAGAACAUCAGUAGAUGAAUUGACACGAGUCAGAAAACACUACAUCAAAUAUGAGUCAACUAGUUUGAGGCAAAAUGAUCUGAUCCCAUUCAUAUUCUCGGGGAACACCUUCAGUAUAUCGCAAGUCUCUUCCUGGAUCAAGCUUGAGAUGCACUUGGUGAUACUAUGGUAAACCAAGAAUGCGAUUGCCUAUCUUGGUGAUGCCUUAUUCAUUUAGAUUCUUGCUUCUCCCUUGUACAUUUCAUUUCUGUCUUUGUUGCAUUCAGACAUGAUCAAGAAGUAAAUUAUAUAAAUAAGAAAUAUUUUUUCAUAUAAUAAAUUUCACAACGAUU